GCGCAAGUUCAAUCGUAGCGGGUGAAGCAACGCUUCUUUUUCCGCGUAACACGGAUGAGAAAGUCGUGUCGCAGCGACGGCAGCCGAUCUGUCCGAUCGUAAUCGCUUGAUAAAAUGUCGACGUAGAAGAUCGUAUAAAAAGAUCAGGGUGAAGUGACGUCCAGAAGCUGGGUGCUAGCGGGUGAGUUUGUAGGUUAGGGAAAGGCACGAAAGUUCUCGGGAAACGACGAAGAUGCCCCUGAGGAUUUAAGCGGUGAACGACGCUGUUACGAGCGAGAAGUAUUUUACUUGAGUCAGCAUGGUUCAACGGCCGGUUGCGCCCAAGCGCAACGUUAGAAUUUUGUUGAUCGGUGAUCGCGGAGUUGGCAAAACCUCCUUGAUUUUAUCGUUGGUCAGCGAGGAAUACGCUGAGGAUGUACCCUGCAAGGCGGAAGAGAUCACUAUACCGGCGGACGUUACGCCGGAACAAGUGCCCACGCACAUUGUUGAUUAUUCAGCUGCAGAACAGACUGAGGAUCAAUUAUCAGAUGAGAUUCAAAAGGCACAUGUAAUUUGUGUUGUGUAUUCUGUGGUGGACGAGGAUACAUUAGAUAGAGCAGCUACUUAUUGGUUACCACUGAUUAGACGUUGUUCAUCUACCAAUCGUUGUCCAAUUGUUCUUGUGGGAAAUAAGAUUGAUCUUGUUGACUAUUCUACUAUUGAGGCUGUAUACCCUAUAAUGAAAGAAUUCACUGAAAUUGAAAGCUGUAUUGAGUGUUCUGCCAAAACAUUACAAAAUGUAUCUGAAACAUUUUAUUAUGCACAAAGAGCUGUUUUACAUCCGACUACUCCAUUGUACAAUUAUGAUACCCAAGAGCUUACAGAAGAAUGUAAAAUUGCGCUCCAAAGAAUUUUUAAAAUAUGUGACUUGGAUAAUGAUGGUCUACUAAACGAUAUGGAGCUCAAUGCAUUUCAGCAGUGGUGCUUUAACACUCCACUACAACCACAGGUACUGGAGGAUGUAAAGGCUGUAUUAUCAAAAAAUAUUCAGGAUGGCAUUUGCAAUGGAUGUGUUACAAUGAAAGGUUUUAUGUAUCUCCAGUGUUUAUUUAUACAGCGAGGAAGAAAUGAGACUACCUGGGCUGUGCUGAGAAAAUUUGGUUACGAUAACGAGCUACAAAUGUCCAAAGAAUAUAUAUGUCCACCAUUGAAGAUCCCUGUUGGUUGUACAACUGAAUUGUCUCACAAAGGGCAAGAAUUUUUAACGCUAUUAUUUAUACAACAUGAUAGAGAUCAAGACAGUGCUCUUUCACCAUUAGAAAUGGAAUCGCUAUUUUCAAGGUGCCUAACACCACCCUGGGGUGACGAGUAUAGGUACACCGUUCCAACGAACGAACAGGGUUGGAUCACGUUUCAAGGUUACAUGUGCCAGUGGGCGCUAUUAACUCUUACUAAUGUACGUAAAGCCUUAGAAUAUAUGGCAUAUUUAGGCUACAACAUGUAUAAUAAUGAAUGUCAGACAAACGCAGUCCUAGUCACUCGCGAAAAGAAACUGGAUUUAGCAAAGAAACAGACAAGCAGAAAUGUUUACAGUUGUCACGUGAUUGGUCCAAAGAGUAGCGGAAAAACGACAUUAUGCAGAACAUUUAUAGAUCCCAAGCUUGAGAAAUUAACUGACGAAACGGUUCCAUUAAAUGCACAUGUAACAGUGAACACAGUGCAUGUAUAUGGUCAAGAGAAGACAAUAAUACUGCGGGAUAUAAAUAUACUGAACGUUCAAGAUGCUUUAACUCCGGCACAAAUUCAUUGCGAUGCGGCGGCUUUGGUUUAUGACGCUAGUAACCCACAGUCGUUUGAAUAUAUCGCACGAGUUUAUAUUAAAUAUUUCGCAGAUAGUAAAAUACCCGUUCUCAUAAUAGCGAAUAAGAACGAUCUUACUGAAGUGAAACAAGAGUACUUGCUACAGCCAGUAACUUUUUGCAAUAAGUACAAACUGAUGCCACCGCAACCGUACAGCAUCUCCCGCACUGUACGACGUGAAAUCUUCGUUAAGCUAGCGACAAUGGCAGCUUUCCCCCGCUUUCAAGGAGCAUGGGUAUUAUUUUACAGAGACAGUCCUUUGAGGCGUAUGGUCCACAUGUUGCUUGACAAACCCUCGCCCACUCAAUGGUGGAGUUCGUUUACAAGGCAUAUAAAUCAAUUUGGACUCAUGCAAGGGGAUUCCAUUGUCUGGUGGAAAGCUGGCCUUGGAAUUGCUGUCGCCACUGUUGCGGGCUUCGUGGUGAUGCGCGUCUUAAACACAGAGAAAAGAUAGUCUACCAUACCCCUUUCCUGCACAUUUAACUGCCUCCUUUGACCGAGUAUAAAACCGUCUUUGAGAAACGCGUUAAGUUAAUAAACUAUGUUC